AUGUUGCACAGUACAUUGAUAUUCAUCUUUGUAUUUGUUGUAUUUGUUGGCGGCUUUGCACAACAAUCUCAAUCAAAUGUUCAAAAUUCGAAUAAAGAUAGAAAUGAUAAAUUAGUAUAUCGACACGUACGACAAGUGCGAUCUUCUCAAUCUGAAGUACAACAAUCGGAUAAAAAUGCUAUUUCUUCGGUUAAAUCUUCUCCUAGUGAAAAAUUAUCCAAAUCGGAAACAGCAUCUGCAUUACUUGCUAAUAGUAUUGAAUGUGAAGCUGAUAUACAAAAAUAUUGUGUUAAAGGUGGACCAAAACUUAUUCCUAAUUUGAAAGUAUUACGAUGCAUUGAUGACCUUGAUCAGGCUGCGAAUUUGAUAAGCAAAGAUUGUCAACAUCGGAUUUAUAAAUUGAAAUACAAUAUGGUACAUGAUGUACGUUUUGAUGAUGAAGCACUUAAACUGUGUGCAAAGGAUAUUAAACUAUUAACUGACUGUAAUGAAUAUACAGAUGAACGUGGAAGUGGUCGUCUUAUUUCAUGUUUAUACGAUCGUUUGCCUAAUAUAACUGACCCAAGUUGUCGUCAUUAUAUUAAUCAAUUAGAAUCAUUCCUAUUUACUGAUUGGCGUUUAUCGGAACAUUUUGCUACUGCAUGUUUUCAGGAUAUUACAAAUCUCAAAUGUGGACGAUUAGAUGAUGAUAACGAAACAAUACCACACAAUCAAGGUGCUGUCAUUUCAUGUUUAUCGAAAAAACAUGACAAAUUAUCUACAAAUUGUUUAAAACAAAUAUUUCGAUUACAUGAAAUGCAAUCAGACGAUUAUCAUCUUGACCGUGCAUUAUAUUCUGCAUGUCGUGAAGACCGUGAACGUUUCUGUUCUCAAGUUACAAGUGGAAAUGGUCGAGUUUAUCGAUGUUUAUAUGAGAAUAAGCUUAAUAGUAUGAUGUCAACAACUUGUCGUAAAGAAGUACAUCGACGACAGAAAGUAGUUGCUUCCAAUGCUCUCUUGGAUUUACCAUUGAUUCGAGCAUGUGAAAGUGAAAUGCGUGAACAUCAAUGUGUUACUAAUUCACAAGAUCCUGAUAAGCAACUAUCACUUAUUAAUUUACUUCUUUGUCUUGAAGAUAGAGUUAAAAAAGGUAAUCAGAUUAAAGAUGAAUGUCGACGUGAAAUGCUUACUCAUCGUCGCAUGCUUAUGUCGGAUUAUGCUGUUUCACCUGAAAUCCUUUCAAAAUGUAAAAUUGAAAUGACUCAACAUUGUCAUUCAUUAUAUCAAAAAGGUGCUAGCGGCACAAUUAAUCAACGUGGUGGUCGAAUGAUUCAUUGUUUAUUAAGGGCAGCACGUCAAGAAAGCAAUUUUAGUCGUGAAUGUUUAUUUAAUAUUAAAUCAUUAGUACGUGCUGUUGAUCCAGGUAGUGAUAUACGAGCUGAUCCAUUACUUGAAACAGCUUGUCGAUCUGUUAUUGAUACAUUAUGUGCAAGAAUAAAACCUGGUGAUUCAAAUGUAAUUAUGUGUUUAUUGGAUAAUAUAAAAAAUGCUCGAAUGACAGAAGAAUGUGAAGAUCGUCUUAUGGAAGUUGCUUAUUUUAUGGCACGAGACUGGAGAUUAACACCAAAGUUAAUGCGUACAUGUCAAAAAAAUCUUCUUGAUCUAUGUAAAUUAUCACCAAGUUGGUCAAUGAGUAAUAACAUGACUGACGUUCAAUUAGGACAGUAUUUAGGUUGUUUAUAUCAACACAAGCAACAAUUAAGUGAUGAAUGUCGUACUGAACUUAAAAGAAUAAUGAGUAUUCGAACAAAAGCAAUUGGUUUGAUGCCUGAAAUUGAAGAUAAUUGUAUGAGAGAUUUAGCAGCAUGUAAAAAGCCGGAAAUUAAAGGAGAAGAAUUAAAAUGUUUACAAAAGAAAUAUAAAACACUUGAAAGUGAAUGUAAAUCAGCUGUUCAAAAAUAUACAAAAAUGACAAUAUCUAAUCCAAGUUUUGAUUUUCUUCUUAUGAAGACAUGUGGACCAAUGAUACGAAUGUUUUGUUCGAAUGUUGAAAGUGAAAAUGAAAAUGAAUUAAUUCGUUGUUUAGUUAAAAAUAAAAAUAAUCAAAAAAUGGAUUUUCGAUGUAAAACUAAUAUUGAACAUCAUCAAAUAAUAAGUUUAAAAGAUGAAGCAUUUUUAAGUGAACAAUUUCGAAAACAUUGUAAUGAUGAAAUAACUAGUCAUUGUUCAACAAAAAGAUCCAAAGCAUCAGUUAUUCAAUGUCUUGCCAAUCUUGUUCUACAAGAUGUUAUAAAGAAAACAAAUCAAAUAAAAGAAAAUUGUCGUAAUGAAUUAAAAAUUGAGCUUCUUCAACGUAGUGAAAGUAUUAAUCUUGAUCCAUUAUUAGCUAAAGCAUGUCGAAAUGACAUACAGAAAUUUUGUUCUUCUCGACUUGCAGGCAAUGCCCAGAUUAUUGAUUGUCUAAAAGCUCAUCAUAGUAAAGUAUCAGCAAUAUGUUAUGCUAGAUUAAAAAAACGUGAAAAACUUGAUAUUGUUUUACCUGGAGCUGAUUAUAGUUUAACUACAAAAUGUGCACCACUUAUUCAGAAAUAUUGUGCAAAUGAAAAUAAACAAAAUAUUUUAUUAUGUUUACGACGUAAUAUUAAUCAAGAUAAUACACCGCCUACAUGUCGAACUGUUUUAUAUCAUCGUUUAAUGGUUCUAAAUAGCGAUGCUCGUUUUCAUAAAGGUUUAAUUGAAAAUUGUCAAAAUGAUAUUAAUCGAUACUGUCAAAAUGAAAUCAUCGAUGAUGAUAAUGAUGCUGAUGAAUCCGAUGAUGAUGAUGAUGAUGAUAAUGACGGUGAUAAUAAUAAUAAUAACAACAAUGAUAAUAAUGAUCAAAAUACUGAUGAUAUACAAGAUCGUGAUAUGGGUGGUCGAAUAAUAGGAUGUUUACGUUCAAAAUAUGCUAAUACACAAGUUGAAUUAGAAUCAAAAUGUAUUACAGAAUUAGUUGAUGUUAUACAAACAUCAAAACUUAACAUUGACAUCGAUGUUAAACUUUAUCAACAAUGUAGGAAAAUAAUUAAUACGGACUGUACAGGUGUUGAUAAAGAAGAUUGUCUGAAAUUAUUAUAUCAAAAAAAUCAACUUAAAGAUGAAGGUUGUAAACAAGAAGUUAUACGUAUUAUAAAAGAAGGACAAGCUGAUAUACAUGUUGAUUCCGCAUUGGCAUCUGCUUGUCAAGUUGAUAUUCUUCAAUAUUGUAAUGAUGUCCCAAUAGGAAGUGGUAAACAAUUAAAAUGUUUAAUAAAAAAGAGUAAAUCUGUCUCGAAUUCUUGUCGAAGUGUUUUAUUAAAACGACAAGAAUUAUGGAGAAGUGUCUCUCAUGUAGAUGAUAUUGAUGAUUUAGCAAAACUAAUUGCCAAUUCGCAUAAUCAAAUAUAUCUCUAUGCAGUUAUUUUUACAAUAUUAUUUGUGAUAUUUCUAGCUGGUUGUCUUUGUCGUCCAUGCAUUCGAUCUCGUCAUAUGCAAAAAUAUAAACGAAUCAACUAA